GUUCCGCUUGUGGCUUUUCUAAAAGCUUGGGACUGGGGACGGGACGGGGAUGGGGACCUGGUGGUGGCCACGGUGAGCAGGGGGCGUUGGGACAGGGGCUGGGGGAGGCCGGAGGGCAGCAGUGGGGGGGUGCGGGGUGCUGGGGUCCCCGUGGGGUGCUGGCGGGGGUCGCUGGCAGCCCGGAUGCCUGAGUUCGCCGCUGGUGCUGCCCGGGGGAGGCGCGAGGCCCAGCCAUGCUGAGCGUGGCACAUUCCCAGCUGGGGGGGAGGCCGGGACGUGGCCACCGCCACCACCGGCUCCUGCCAGCGCCGGGGUCCGGCACGAGCUGCGGUGUCAGGUGAGAGCCAGGGUGGGUGCUCGGGGGGGCCCAGUGCUGUACCGGGGACUCGUGCUGGUGCCGGUGCCGUUGCCAUGCCGCCGCCGGAGGGUUGCUAAGCUCCACUCAGAGCCCGCGUGGGCUGCAGCGCUCGGUGCCAAACCCGCCAUCGCCUCGCUUUGUCGCAGGGGGGGGGAAGGGAUCCCGGGGGGGGGCGGCACCCCCGGGACGGCCGGUGGGGUCCCCGCGGUGUGCCGGGCUCCCGGCCACCGGGGCUGCCCUGGGGGUGGGGGGGGGGAGGGCACCGUGCCGCUCGGCCGCCAGCCUGGCGGAGCCACUGGCCAGGACGUGGGGGUCCCUGGGGACGCACGUGCGGCGGUGGCUGCGCGUGUGUGCGGGCGGGCGCGAGGCUCCCGCGAGCGCGUGGCUGCGGGGACCCCCCGGUCCCCUGCGGCGGGGACCCCCCGGGGCCAUGCUGGGGGGCGCGGAGCGGGGUGCGGGGCGGCUGCGGAUCUGCGAGCGGACCAAGCUGCUGCUGGUGGAGAUCGACACAGUGGCGUGUUGCAGCCCGGGCGCCGGCAUGGCCGCGGGGUGCCGGCCCAUGCCCCCCUGGACCUACCGCCGCAUCGCCGGGGAGUACGCGUACCUGGAGAAGCGCUUUGUGGCGGAGCUGGCCCCCCCCUGGCCCCCAGCGCCCCCCGUUCCCCCCCGCCGCCUACAGGACUUCGCCACCCCAGUCCCCCCAGGGCGUGAGACCCGGCCCUGGGCCCCCCCCCCCUCGCUGCCCCCUGGAAGAGCCCGAGGGGAUGGGGGGCAGAGGACCGCCGCCGUGUGCUCCCCGUCCCCCACUGCCGGGGGGCAGGCAGGGCCCCCCCAGCUACGAGGCCCACAUGCAGCGGGUGCAGGCUGCCCACCUUCGCCGGGGGGGGCCGCCCCCCUACAUCUCUCCCCCUGCCUACGACGCUCCCCACCGUACCCUGCGGCUCUGGCCCCCCAGGGGACCGCGCAGUCCCCCCCUGGCACCCCAGGGCCGCAGGGCUAUGCCGGGGGGUUGGAGCCACACGCUGCCCCGGGCGGCCACCGAGGCUGGGCACCGGCGGCUCCGUGGGAUGCAACCGUCCCCGGGGGGGCCCAGCACCCCCCGGCACAGCCAGACCCUGCCCCGGGCAGCGUCCGGCCGGGAGCGGGUGCUGGGGCGUGGUAG